AUGAGGGAGAACGAAAUACUCUGCCAAGUAUCCAAGCCAGUUUAUAAAGCUAAAAUACGUAUUCAGACUAAAGAGAACAAAAGAAGGUGCAGAUCAUUCUCGGGAAAGUACAACUGAAACCAGUCCUCCUUGCCCUCUGGGGGUCUUCCUUUUCCCAGCCUGCAUCUGCUCCUGACUCCAGAAAGACAGACUUCAGAUUGGCCAAGGUACAUCUCUGAGCAGAUCCCUCUAAGCAAAGCUCAGCACUGUGUGGCUCUCAUUGUUCAGAACUCUGCGACUAGACCUAGUAGAGGAGGUGGACCGCUCAUUAGGGAACAGACCUUCAUCUCCAAGCCCUCCGGAGAACCAGGGAAAACUUCCUCGGGAUGGAUCCCGCUGGCAGUGGGUCAGCGUCAGCCGGCCCUGGCUCGGAGAAUGGAAAACCCAGCCCGGGCCAGGCCUCUCUGGCCCGCUAGAGACCCAGCGCGACGGCGAUGGCCGGGGUGGCGGCAGAGGGCACGCACAGCUUGCCUCAGUGCUCUGAGCCAAGCGCAACCGGGGCUCCGCGGAAGAUCGCAAGGGCCUCAGGCCUCGCAAGACCUUGGGCGCCGGAGAGUGAGAUGCGAGACUGCAGCGGUUCCCUGGGAUGGUUUGGGAGCAAGGGGCGCGGCCAGAGCCGCCACCCCGGAUUUAGGCCGCCAGCCCUCCGGCCACUGCGUUGGCUGCUGGGCCGCCCCCUCCAUCCUGGUUAAGUUAUCCUUUUGAUCCCCAUCCCCCCUCUUGGCGUCCGCAACCAAGGAGGACGGUUCCCCGCAGCUCAGGUCGGGGGAGGUCACCGCUCCGGGGCGGGAUGGACCCCCAGCUUCCCCAGCUGGUGUCCGAGGACUUUUCGCCCGAGGCGGGCAGGAAGGGGUUAACCGCGCCCUUUCCCGCCCCUUCGCCCCCCCCCCCCGCCCCCCACCCAUUCCCGAGCCCUCUGCGGCGGGCGAAGGCCGCCGCUUCCCUCCUGAGGUCUCAUUAGGGAAACCCUCACCGCUAUUUUCAACAUUUCCUCAAUCAAGUGCCUUUAAAUAGAGCUGCACAAACAAAUUGGCGGCAAAAGCGUAGAUCUUGUCACGAUUGAGACCAAUCCAAUAUUUCAGCCUUGUUUGCUUUGCAAUUACUGGUUGGCUUGUGGCAGCGGUGCCACCGGGGCAAAUCUGCAGCCGCCCGCUUUCUCCUCUGCACCCUCGGCGGGUGGAGGAAGCGACCCGCAGAGCCACUGGCGGGAGGGGGGGGGGGGCGGCGCUGGAGGAGGUGACGUGAGGGGGAGGAGGGCGGCGGAGCCCUUCCUAAACCCGCGUGCGAAGGGCGCGGGUGAUGGUAAAGGAGAGGGAUUUCUCAGGUUCCCUGGCGAGCCCCUGAGAUGUGUGCAGCAAUAAUAAAAUGUGCAAUGCACAUGCAGACCUCGAUGUCCUGUCCUUAUCCAGCUCCUUUCUCCUCUCUUCCCCUCACUUCUAUCUCCAUGACGUUUUUCUUUAGUAUUUGUUAGCGGGGACCGGUCUCCCCUUCUUUCUCGCUGUUAAACUGCUAGCAUGAUUUGUUACGUUUUCCAUAGCUUCUGCUUCUUGUUUGACUUUUUAUACAAAGUCACUUUAAAUCGGCCGCAGGAAGACUAAAGCUCCAAGCCCUUUGGAUGGGCUCCCGCCGGCGAGUGCUGGCCCCCCUGCCCUCCCUCAGUUCUUGCGGGACGGCUCUUUUGUGUGAGCCUGCCGCUCGGUGCGUGGGGCCACCGCGCGGGCCAGCCGCGUUUGUGUCGGCAGAACAGUAGUGAACUCAAAUCAGGUCCUAAGCCUUGUAUUUCACAGACAAUUAAAUCUUGGCUGCUGUUUAACAAAAUUGUAAUACUUACUCUGCUCUGUACUGAGGAGCACUUUUAAAGUAAAAAACAAAUACAUUUCAAAAAGAAAAUAUGAUAAUAAAUCUCUUUUUAUGGAUUUUCUCUGCAUAAGUGGAAACAACAUGAUUUAAAUCCCCACGCCCUCAGCCCUCCCCUCUCAGGCACAGCUGAGCAGAUACAGUCUUUCAAAAGACAUUCUUCAUGCUUGGUUGGGGGUGGGGUGGGAGGAGGCACCUCCAUUUGUUACGUUCAGUUUAGUUUCUAAGAUUUCACACCCCACCGUAACUCCCAUCCGCAAAAAGCAGCAAGGAUUUUGGAAUAAUUAGGUCUAGGACCUGAACGUUAUUUUCACACUGAUCCAAGAAAGGUGAACACGGCUUGGGUCAUUUUACGAUUUCAUAUUACCUUAUAAAUGACUACUCAUUUUCCUCUCGUGUUGACUUCAAGUUGAGGCAGAGAAGUAUUUUUGUGAGAACCCCGGGGGGGCAUAUAAAAAUAUACUUCUUUAUUAUUUAAAAAUGUGUAAGGUAUGGAUGGACCUACAUUUGUAUGCUGGUGGUCAUAAAAUAAAUGCAUAGCUGUUCUAGUCAAUUAGCAAUCUCUUUCAAGCUUUAGGGUUUUUUUUUUUUUUUUUUUUUUGGUUUAUAAUUCCACCUGGAUUGUAGCUUCAUUCUUCUGGAUCGCAUUCCUAUUGUAACAUUUUGGAGUUCAGUUUUAUUUAAAGCAAACCUCAGAAAUAAUGGUUUCAUAAAACUGUGCAACGUCAAAACCACAGCAUAAUAUUUCAAGUUCAUAUGUCAUGCACACUCAUGUAUAUCUCUCAAGAAAUAGGAAGCAGUAGCUAGAAAGGGUACCAUUUCAUGAGAAUUCUCUCUUCACCAAAAAAAUUGGUCUGGCAUAUUAUUCAAUGCACAAAUUAUAAUAUUACUUUCAUGUGUGUUAAUCUGUUUAGUAUUAGAACUGCUAGUGUCUUAAUCAUUAACAUGUUUUACCACACUGCUUUCAAAUGGGUGAUCUCAGAUAAUUAUGAAGAUUUUGAUGUUAAUCCCAUGUUAAGUGAACAACUAUGAAAAUAACCUUAAAGCAUUAUUAUUAUUCUAUAAAUGCCAACAAACACAAUUGUAGAGGGAACAUGGUUACUUUUUAUCUGGCAUUAUCCUAUAAGGAUAUGGCUACAUUCAUUUCUCUUAAAAUCUACUACUUUUUUAACAGGAUUUUUUUUCCACAUGGCAUUUUGCAGUAUCUAUAAACCACAACAACUUUGUACUGACAGAUAUAUAUUUUUUCAACAUUGUUAUUCAUCAGCUUCUUUGCAAACUCAGAAAAAUAGAAUAAUAUACAAAAAUAUCAAAAUAUAGAGAACAAUUAUUAGGUUCUACAUAUUUAUUUAGGUAAGCCAAUGCUAUUAAAAUUAAAAACAUGUGCUUGGCAUAUAAAUGUUUCUUUAAGAAUUCUUUUUUGGAUGCACAGUUAUUAUUUUUUAAACCAACUCAGAUUCUCAAGUACUGAUUUUUUUCACUCUAAACAGGCAUUGCAUUGUUUUAAACAGUAGCUCCUGGAACAAUACUACUCUUAGUGUUUUAGACUUCCAAACAAUUGGAAUUGGAUAAAUGCUUUCAGCUGGGAGCACUUUCUUAAUACCUUUGUAGGUAAUAGGAUUCCCUGUUUGUGUGGGGGUGACAAAUGGACAGUGCAGUGGACAGACUGCUUACCCUUUACAGAAUGUACCAGAAAAACCAAAUGAGGUUUUUCUAUGAGAUUGUUUGUGGUCCAUCUAAAAGAAAUUCUGGGGGUACCUGGGUGGCUCAGUGGGUUAAGCCUCUGCCUUUGGACCAGGUCAUGAUCUCAGGGUAUGG